ACUCCUUUGAAGGUGACUUAGAUUAGAAACUAAAAAAGAUGUUAGGGAAAAAGAUUGUAUCACUUAAGAAACUAGUCAAAAAAGUGAAUGUUGAAGGUAGAGUUGAUCACGGCCAUGCGUUGAAGGAAUUUGAAGAAGAAAAGAAACAUCCAAUUGCCAAAAAAGGUGGUGUUUUUGCACUAUAUGUUGGGGAGAAACGUGAGAGAUAUGUGGUUCCAACUCGUUACCUUUGUCACCCCUUAUUCAAGAUGUUGUUGGAGAAAGCAUACAAUGAAUUUGGGUUUCAACAAAGGAAUGGUUUGGUUGUUCCAUGUAGUGUUUCAGCUUUUCAAGAAGUGGUUAAUGCUAUAGAAUGUAAAAAUUGUAAGUUUAACAUGGAAAAUGUUUUUGAUGAAUUGAUUUGA